CGAAGCUCUAGCUUCUUCUAUGUUGGCUCCUGUUGGGUGCAUCUCGGCAAUUGUUUGCAUACCAGAUUGAGCUUGCUGAGAGGCUGCCGUUGAGGGAUAGAGACGGCAUCUCUGAGCCUGGUCGAUCCCCCGCCUCUACCUCGGUCGCUUCUUUGAGCGCAUUUACCUAGGUCCAUACACUUCACUGGGCUUUUAAUCUCGGUCGACGUUCCGACUUUGGUAUUUUCUUUUCGCUUCCGAUAAUCAUAAACAAGAAUGCCUUCGGCCACCGAGAACGGCGCCAACGGCGUGUCCAACCACGGCAUACCCACUUCUUGCCCGUCAUGCCCGAGUCCCCUCAAAUACUCUGGCUCCCUUGACCACCUUCCAUACUUCGAAAUCUCGCCCAUCAUCGGUCGAGAAUACCCGACCGUCAAGGUUACGGACAUCCUCAACGCGCCGAACUCUGAGGAACUAAUUCGAGACUUUGCGGUCGUCAUUUCUGAACGCGGCGUCGUAUUCUUCCGGGAUCAGGAUGACCUGAACAUCGCGGACCAGAAGAAGUUUUGCGAUCUUGUUGGGAAGUUCAGUGGAAGACCAGCCGAGAACGGGCUGCAUGUUCAUCCGAUCUAUCGCGACCCGGGGAAUCUGAAGCUGCCGGAUGGGUCCACAGACGAGAACAUAUACGUGAUCAAUAGCGAAGCUCAGAAGAAGAUCUACAAAACGAUGGCUGGCCGGGCCGCCACAGAACCGCGUGACCUCUCCCGCGAAUGGCACAGUGACUCCACGUUUGAAACAGUCCCCUCCGACUUCUCAUUCCUUAAAAUGGAAGAGACACCUCCACAUGGCGGCGACACGCUUUGGUGCUCCGGCUAUGAGAUCUACGACCGCAUGUCGCCAUCAUUCCGAUCGUACCUCGAGACCUUGACCGCAACCUGCGCGCAGCCCGUUUUCCGGAGUGCUGCGCAAGCCGGCGGAUAUGAGGUUAUGAGCCCACGAGGCAGCCCACUAAACGUAGGUGAUGAGUUCGCGCCGAGCCAUCCCGUAGUCAGGACGAACCGAGUCACGGGGUGGAAAGCGAUCUUCGCCGGCGUCGGACUACAUGUUACGAAGAUCAACGACGUGUACAACUACGAGGACCAGGUGAUCAGGGAAUACGUUAUGAGGCUGAUUACGCGGAAUCACGAUUGCAUCGCGAGGAUGAAGUGGACGAGGAACGCGGCGGCGAUUUGGAACAAUAGUUGCGUGUGGCAUGCUGCUACGCCUGACACCCAUCUUGUUGAGGGCAAUCGCGUUGGUGUUAGGGCGUCCAGCAUUGGUGAGGUCCCGUAUUUAGAUCCGAAUUCGAAGUCUAGGAGAGAGGCGUUGGGUAUUCCGCCGUUCUAGGAGUCUUAUUGAGUUUCUUUUCCAAACUGUCAAUUGUCUUUCGAGAAAUUAUGAACUAUGAUAGGG